AUGGUCCCCACAGAAGUCACAAGCCUGAUCCCUAAUAUGGCAGAUGACUAUAACUAUGACACCACGUCUUCCAUGGAAGAUUAUGGGAACUUCAACAUCACUGACUUAUUCUGUAAGAAAAACCACGUCAGGCAGUUCGCAAGCUACUUCCUUCCACCCUUCUACUGGCUCGUGUUCAUCGUGGGGUCCUUGGGCAACAGUCUGGUCAUCCUUGUCUACUGGUACUGCACGAGGGUGAAGACCAUGACUGACAUGUUCCUUUUGAAUUUGGCAAUCGCUGACCUUCUCUUUCUUGUCACCCUUCCCUUCUGGGCCAUUGCCGCCACUGACCAGUGGAAAUUCCAGACCUUCAUGUGCAGACUGGUCAACAGCAUGUACAAGAUGAACUUCUACAGCUGUGUGCUGCUGAUCACGUGCAUCAGCGUGGACAGGUACAUCGCCAUUGCUCAGGCCACGAGAGCGCAGAUGUGGAGGCAGAAAAGGCUUCUGUACAGCAAAAUGGUCUGCUUUACUGUCUGGGUGAUGGCAGCCGCACUCUGCAUCCCGGAACUCCUGUACAGCCAAGUCAAGAAGGAGUAUGGGAUUGCUCUCUGCACCAUGGUUUACCCCAGUGACGAGAGUACCAAACUGAAGUCAGCUGUGUUGACUCUGAAAGUCAUCCUGGGGUUCUUCCUCCCUUUUGUGGUCAUGGCUUGCUGCUAUACCAUCAUCAUUCACACCCUGAAACAAGCCAAGAAGUCAUCCAAGCACAAGGCCCUGAAGGUGACCAUCACUGUGCUCACUGUCUUCGUCCUAUCCCAGUUCCCCCAUAACUGCGUUCUGCUGGUGCAGACCAUCGAUGCCUACAGCACGUUCAUCUCCAGCUGUGCUGUCUCCACCAACAUUGACAUCAGCUUCCAGGUCACUCAAACCAUCGCCUUUCUCCACAGUUGCCUGAACCCUGUUCUCUACGUUUUUGUGGGUGAGAGGUUCCGCCGGGAUCUUGUGAAGACCCUAAAGAACUUGGGUUGCAUCAGCCAGGCUCAGUGGGUUUCAUUUACAAGGAGAGAAGGAAGCCUGAAGCUGUCAUCUAUGUUGCUGGAGACAACCUCGGGAGCUCUUUCCCUCUGA